AUGUCUGAAAGUUUGAGACGGAAAUUAGCCAGGAGGAGGGGCUUACUGCUAAAGGCCUUCCUGCAGGAUGAGUACCCUCUGGCCAGCCUCCCUCUCCUGGGCUACUCCGUCACCGUCCCGGCCGAGUCCGAGAACAUCCACAAAGAUUACGUCUUCAAGCUUCACUUUAAAUCCCACGUGUACUACUUCAGAUCAGAGAGCGAGUACACCUUUGAACGGUGGAUGGAGGUGAUCCGCAGCGCCACCUGCUCCGCCAGCCGCCCCCUGCUGAGCUCCAGGAAGGAUCUUUACUGAUGACUCUGUCAUCUCCACCUCGGCCUUAUACAAAACCACAGACUUCUCUUCCAGCCUUUUAAAAAUCACACUUUUUUACACACCAACACACUCAGAGGUCCUCAAAGUUCCUUUCACGCCAUUUAUUUUCAAUGUUCUUACUUUUUCUGUGCCAAACUGGAAAAUAUUGGUAGUAUUGUCCUUAUUUUCACUUUUUUAACUCGACAUAUUUAGAGCUCCAUAAAGCAGAUUUGUGGAUUAAUCAUGAUGCCAGAUUAGGACACAGAAACCAUGUUUUUCUUUUUGUAAUUCCUCUUUGUACAGUAUUUUGAUAACACUGUGAAAAUAGUUUUUUUCUUCUUCGUUUUGUCUUCACUGAAAAGAAACACUUCAGACCUGCUUCCAAAGCCGACAGAGAUUUUCUAUCUUUAUCGCUUUCUUCCCAGUAUUUUUCCAGCUUUCUGGAAUAGUUUUGAAAAGUUUGUGUUCAUAUGAAAAAUAAACAAAGCAAAUUACAGAUUAUUUCGUAUUUUACUUGUAGAGAUUGCAGGUUUUAAUCCUUCAUGACGGUGUUCCCCAAGGCAUUGUGUUGGGGAUCCUGCAGAAUCAUUUUUUCCAUCGGCUUGGGAGCCAAAGUAUCCAGUUGAAAAUACUCAAAGAUCACAAAACUUUUUAGUAUUUUUCUCUUUAAUUAGAAUUACAAAAACUGUUGUAUUUUUUUUAAAAUUUUACCUCCUGAAUAAACAACAACCUAAACACAAUAUUUUAAUGAAAUAAGCAAAUGAGAUUUCAGUAGAUUUGAAACAAAAAAGCAGCAAAACAUAUCCUAAAAUAUUCCAGUUGAUUCUUUUGGGUUUUUUUAGCGACAUUAACAGGAUUUUUCUCACUUUUACUUUAUUUUGCCACCUUUAUCAAGUCAGCAUUUCAUUAGAAGCCACUGGAUGUUUUUAGUCCCUUUUACUAAUAAAUUAAAUGGAAUUAAAAACCA